AUGAACACUGGCAAAACUUUGAAGGAGGCUCUCCAGAAUGCCCAAGCUGACGGUCGUGUUACCGUUGGAGUCUACGAGUGUGCCAAAAUAAUGAACGAAGACCCUGACAGUGUGUCUUUCUGUGUGCUGGCAACUGAUGCCUUCGAAUGUGAUAUAGCUCUUCAGAUUCACUUCACUCUCAUCCAAGCCUUCUGCUUUGACAACGACAUCAGCAUUGUGAGAGUCAAUGACAUGGAGCGCAUCUCUAGGAUUGUUGGGGACAAAUCUCAACAUAUGGAGGACGCCCACUGUGUUCUCAUCUCGAACCCUGCUGAAGGUUCUUGGGAGGAUCCGGCCCUCGAGAAGCUGCACCUGUUCUGCGAAGAGAGCCGCAGUUUCAACGAGUGGGUCCCAGAGAUCACUCUGCCUGAACGUUGAACUGUGGCCUAUACUCUUCUCUGAUCGAGAUGCUGUUUAACCUGAAGGAAUACUCGUCCUACUUAACAGGCUAAUGCAAAUUUUCCUGCAUCCCUGGAUACUCCUGAGGAGGAUCUCAGUCCAGGCACCGCGAGGUUAUGCCCGAGUGGCCCUCGCGGUUAUCGUCGUGCCUCGUACCGUCCAUGCCAAGCUGACCCAGGUUCUUUAUGUGAACCAGGGGCAGGCAUGCCACGAGAGCGACACAAUGGCCCUCAUUCUUUGUGCGGAUGAGGUUUGGAGAGGAAGGAGAAGCGAGUUUUGCGGCUGUGGCCUUGCCACAGAGCAAAUAUCGCAUGCGUUUGUACACGCAGUGGACGAAGUGGUCGUCGAAUGAAGCAGGCUUUUUCUUAAAAAAUGGACUUAACAUCUCGCUCGUUUUUAAAGAUAUAAGCACUGCAGA